AUGAACACGCAACCUUCUGACACCUUCGACACUCAGUUGAGCAUCAUUGUUGACCAGGAAACGUCUGCCAGUAUGGCUGUCACAAACGUAAAAAGUGCGACCGGUCGAGUUGCCAGAGAGCUCGGCCGCAUUUACUCUCAGACCGAGGCGUCUCCCUGUGAGGGUCUGAAGAAACAGGGUGGAACACAAUGUCGAGCCUUGUCACCAAAAGUAAGGUGA